CCAAGCUGGCCUCCCCGGCCCCCUCCCUGCCCCUGGCCCCAGACCUGGAUCCGGACCCGGACCCUGAGCCCGACCAGCGGCACACCAACGAGGAGCAGUAUGUGAGCGAGGGCGAGUGCAGCCAGCUCGACACACACCUGGCGCCGCCUGACUGCAGGGACGCAGAGACCAUCACAGAUGUGUGCAACAGCACCGACCUGCCCGAGUUUGAGAUCAUCAGCCUUCUAGAGGAGCAGCUGCCGGUGUACCGGCUGCGGGCUGACACCGUCUACGGCUACGACCACGAUGACUGGCUGCACACUCCCCUCGUCGCACCGGACGCCAGGCUCGACCUGACCACCGAGCAGAUCGAAGAGACUCUCAAAUACUUCUUGCUAUGUGCAGACAGAGUGGGCCAGAUGACGAAGACCUACAAUGACAUCGAUGCUGUCACACGUCUGCUGGAGGAGAAAGAGAGAGAUCUGGAGUUAGCUGCGAGGAUUGGCCAGUCGCUCUUGAAGAAGAACCGAACUCUGACGGAGCAGAAUGACUACCUGGAGGAGAGAGUGGGACAGAUCACAGAGGAGGUGGCGCAGCUGCACCAUGAGCUGAACCUGAAGGACGAGCUGCUGCAGUUUUACACCAACGCAGCCGAGGAGAGCGAAGACGAGUCCAGCAGCUCCCCAACGGAAAAGAAGAGCAAAGUGGGAGCUGCUUCAGGAGGCUUUGUGAGUGACACGCUGCAGAGGAAACUCAAAGAGCUGGAAGAGGAGAACCUGUCUCUGCGCUCAGAGGCACACCAUCUGAAGUCAGAGACUGAAACUUACGAGGAAAAGGAGCAGCAGCUCGUCAAUGACUGUGUCAAUGAGCUCAGGUUGUCCAGUCUCCAAAUCUCCACCAUAGCGGAGGAACUGGCUCGUAAGACCGAGGAUGCAGCACGCCAGCAGGAAGAGAUCACACACCUCCUCUCUCAGAUCGUAGACCUGCAGAAGAAAGCCAAAUCGUUUGCGGUGGAGAAUGAGGAGCUGUCUCAACACCUGGUGGCAGCUAAAGAUGCUCAGAGGCAGCUCACAGCAGAGCUCCAGGAGUUGGAGGAGAAGUAUCUGGAGUGCAUAGAGAUGCUGCACGAAGCCCAGGAGGAGCUGAAGAACCUGAGGAACAGAAACUACCCUGCAGGAACCCCUCGACGCUUCCAUCCUCUGGGGCUGUACCCUAUGGAUUCUCUGGCAGCUGAGAUUGAGGGAACGAUGAGGAAGGAGUUGAGUCUGGAUGACCCAGAGUGUGAGGAGCAGAAGAUCCAUCGGAAGCGCGUGUUUGAAACGGUCAAAAACGUCAACCAGACGGUCCGUCAGCGCUCUCUGACUCCAACCAGCGCCAACAUCCCGGGCUCAAACCAGUCUCUGUCAGCUCGUACGUCACCCCAGUCCAGCGGCCUCUCCACGCCUCACUCCAGUGUGUAUGGAGGUGACAUCAGUGGAGACGGUGUUGCCCUUGACAACCGGACGCAGAGCAUCCUGAUGGAGACGGCAGCCAGUCAGGACAGUGCUGAGGGCCGAGAGAAGAAGACCAGUGGAGCUGAGGACCUGCGGCUCGCCCUGCGCCGCCUGUCUCUGCGUCGACAAAACAACCUGAGUGAGAGGCGCUUCUUCGAAGAGGAGAGGGAGCGGAGACGAGGAGGACACGGAGGUCUACAUGACGCCCUGAGCCAGGAGAGUGCGCUGACCCCCUCAGAGAGCAUCAUGUCCCUCGGGAACCUCCACCUCUGGGCCUCCCGAGGACCCUACCUCCCCGACAAACUCCAGAUCGUCAAACCGCUCGAAGGCUCUGCCACCCUGCACCACUGGCAGCAGUUAGCGCAGCCUCACCUCGGGGUGAUCCUGGACGCCAGGCCGGGAGUCGUGCCCAAAGGCUACAGACCCCUGGAACUGGAGCUGGAGCAGGUGUAUCCGUGGGGCGGCUUCGAGGAGGAUGAACCAGGGGAGCAAUACUUCCAGAAUCUGCCCACCUCCUCGGCCUCUGCCUCUGCCUCACCCGCCGUGCCCUCCACCUCCAGCACGAGUGACGCCAACCUCGGGCAGCCUCCACCCAGCCUCGCUCCACCAUCUCCACCCUCUCCAUCUGCGUCGCCUCAUCUCAGCAACACUGACGUCCUGGCUGCGUACUACCCAGGUAAAUGCAUGGCCCACACCAGCUCUACCUACACCUUCACCACAUGUCGGAUCCUCCACCCGACUGACGAGCUGACGCGGGUCACACCAAGUCUGAACCCAGUCCCAGCAUCGUCCGCCUGCGUGAUGACCAGCAGUCUGUUGGGCACGCCUGCUGCCACACCCUGCACGCCGCGCAGGCUCAGCCUCAGGCCGUCCGAAUCCUCGACCAACCUCAGAGAUGCAACACGCACCACCAGCACCUCCCUGGGGUUAGUGCGCCUCCUCCAGGAGAGAGGGAUCUCAGCAGCGAUGUAUCACCAGAGUCAGGGCCUGGAGUACAGUCAGGGCAUCGGAGGAGUCUUAUUCAGCACCUCCAUCGCUCCAAACCGAGCGCCCAACCCCGACCCUCUGCGCCCCUCCACCCCUCCCAACUCACCCACAGGACAGGGAGCUUCAGCUGUGCCAACGUCCGCCGGCUUCGACUUCAAGAGCCCCUCCUACGACAACUUCCUGGCCUCCAAGCCGGCGCGCUCCAUUCUGAAAGAGGUGACGGGGAGGAUGAGAGGCAGGCAGAAAGGGAGGGACUGUGAGAGCCAGACUGACGUUAGCGUGACCGUCCACAACCUCAACCUGCUGGACAAGGUGAAGCGGCUGGGUGUGGCUGGAGCUCCAGGUGGCAGAGCAAUGAGUCCCGGCCCCAUCCUGGGGCCUCUGGGUGGGCUGCGCAGAUCCGGCUCCCCUUUUGGGCCUGAUGGAAUGAGGAGGAACCGGAGUUAUCCAGCCAUGGUGGGGGCCAGCAUGGCCAUGAAAGCCCCGGGGCCCCAGGAGUAGUCUGGACUGCUGCUGGCCGUUAAGGUAGCCACGUAGGAGCCAGGCAGGGCCGAGGACUGACUGUUGAGCAGUCACCUGGAGCCUGACACUGUUCAUACUGUACGAUGACAACAUGGCACUGCUGACAGUUUCUAACCACUGCUGUGCUUCCACACAGACACUGUCCACUCGUGCUGUAAUUCAAAGCAAAAUUAGGGUUGUUUUACCCAAAUUACUGCAAAUGAUUCUGAUGUGCACCCAUGCAGAUAGUCUUGGUUUAUGUGCCCAUAUUAUGAGACAUCUGAAAUGUCUCAGACUUGUCUGUAUCGAACAAUCUGAGCUCGUACAACCAAUUUCCUAUAAUUAAAUUUUAUGUAAUUGGGUGAACUGACCCAUUGAAAGCAGAAUAUUAAUAUAAUUACUGAGAUCUCUCCCUCUGCUGUCCACUCACAUCCCUGCUUUGGAGACUGACUCUGCUGGCUAGAUGUAGUACUCCCACUCUUGCCUUUACUGAAACACAUCCACAGAAUCCCACACACAUCAAGACACACUGGUGCACUCAAAUCUUAAAUCUGCCAUCUUUGUAGUCUCUGUAGCACUAAACCAUGCCUUUCUUCUUCUCUCUCAUUGGAUUAAGAUCCACUUUUUAUAGAUCAUUCAAAACCUUUGACCAAAUAAAUAAAAACAUGUCAUGCUUAAGACAGAUUUAUACUUCUGCGUCAGCUCUACGCAUGAGGCCUACACCAUGUUGAGCAUUAUACUUGUGCGUCUGUGUCACUCCAAAUCACUAGCCUGAGUGUCAGACCGAAGCUCCCAGAACCUUCAGUCUGACAUCGCCUCCAUUGAAGGCGAUUUACAAGGGGGAAGGAAUUUGAUUUUUCCCUAACCAAUCAGUAGAGAGCAACCCAGAAUCUGACGUCAUUAGUAUCCAUGCCUCGGGGGUGCCGAAAACAAGCGAGUAUAGCCUGUUUAAAAUGUCUCCGUGUGGCGAAAUACCUCGAUAGCAUCGUUAAUGUGGUCUGUAGGAUCUGUAGCGGUUGCCAUUGUUGCUAUCCUCACCAGUCUUUUGGACGAGAUAAAUUGCAAAUUCAUUGCAGUAUGCCAGACCAGAGAUGCAAGCCUACUCAGUUGAGUGGGCGGGGUCUAUGGUCUGGAACCAGGCUACCAAAUCACUAGUCGGAGAUGGGGUUUCUAUGAAGUGCUGUAAAGUUUCAUGAUUAAAAACACACAUUAAACACACAUUAAACAUGGCUUAAUAGAGACAGUUUCAAACACAACUCAGCUUCACUAUUACUCGCAGCAUUCACAGACAAACACUUGUCUUUAUCUGGACAAAAUUAGCCUAGCAGCUAACAGACUUUUUCCUCUUCACAUAUGAAGCCAGGGACAACAUUUAACAAAGGUAACGUUACAAAAUUUGGCUCCAUUACAACUCACAAGAUUUACCGACAAAACUACUUUUACUACUAAAAACGUUUCCCCACAAAUACAACAUGCUAACGUUAUUAGCACAAGCCUAUGGCAUUUUACAUUGUAUAAAUUAGCCUAGCAGCUAGCAGAGAUUUCCUCUGCUCAUAUGAAGCCAGGAUAAAUCACACACAAGACUUAAAAUGCUAUUUUAGUGGAGGCUUUAUUGUCUUCACAAUUUAUUGUUUCUUAUCUGUGAAAUUAAAGUAAAUCAAAGCUUUGUUUCCACUGAGGGAAAUGGUUUCAGCUUACAGAGACAGACAGGAGGUCUGCGUCACUGUGACACUGUGCAGUUACAUUUCUGGGGAGGUGCACGUCAGGCUACACAUCAACGACACUGAUUUGACGCAGAAGUAUAAAUCCCGCUUUACCCUAACUCUGUCCCGUCAGUGUGACCCCUGACCUUUGUCUCGUCUGAAGUGACUGGAUGUGAAUCUGAUAAGUCGCUUUUUGUUUUAUGGGUUUUUGUUUUUUUUAUAAAUCAUUAAAUAGAUUUCACAACAGUAUUAAAGACACUUUGGUUCAGUUUCCUAAUUGGCCAUUAGACAGGGAAGUUGAUGGUGCUUCCACAGAACGAGGCGGAUCGAUACGAUGAAGCUACGGAGAGAGAGAGAGCGAUGAGGGAAGUGGCUACUCAGCUGUCACAGUUGGAAGCUUUCAGAGAAAUGAAGCAACACAGUGCCUCCACCAUCUGAUAUUUUAUUUAAUUUAGAAUGGUAAUAAUGUUCUUUGUGUGUUCGAGAGUAUGAAAGAGCUGUCACAGCUGUUGCACUUUUAUUUAUUUGAAAAAAAUCAUGUGAAUCUUCAUAAAGAUCAUGCUGUCUCACAUGUGCACACUGUAUAUACUGUUCACUGUCACUAAAUGCUCAGUAAUGACACUCAUAAAGGGAUCGUUAUGUGUUGCAUAACCAAGAACCACACAUCACUGUAAGUAUCAGGGUGAGCAUGUAAUGAGGGUGUUUUUCCAAAUAAAAAUUCAG